AUGACCCCCGCGACCAGGAACGUUUUACUAUUGCUAUCCCUCGGGAUCGCGAUCCAACGAGGUGGAACCGUACCGUCUCGCGAUUGUGCGCUUUCCGAUUCGAAUCUCGAACGAUCGACCGGAUCGGAGACGAUUUCGGUGGGAUUAAGAUCGGGUUCGGACAGUGCUGUUCCCUCGGCGAUCCUGGAGGAGCUCGAGAAUCGAUUAUCGCGACUCGAAAGAAGACUUAGAGCGGUCGAGCAGCCUGUUUGGCAGAUGGGAGAGGCUGAGGAGGACUGGGAAGUAUGCGCGGAAGGACCGUGCCGAUGCCAGCCGGAAACCAAAUCGGUGUCCUGCUGGAGGCAGGAAUUACUGGAUCUCCCAGCGGCGCAGCUGGUUCCACGGGACGUGCUCAAACUGGAUCUGGCUGGAAAUCGAUUGACGGCACUUCACCGGGACACCUUUUUGGACAUGACGCGACUGAAUCAUCUAGAUCUCGGCGACAACGCGAUCGAACAUCUCCCAUUGAACCUGUUCUUUUCCCUGCACGCCGUCACGCAUCUCAGACUGAGCAAAAAUUUACUCAGGGAGCUGCAUCGGUCUCAAUUCUUCAGCACUCGAAAUCUGCGAAUCUUGGACGCCUCCUCGAACAGACUUCGAACACUACCGGAGAGUCUGUUCUUGAGCACCACCUCGUUAGUGUUGCUCGAUCUAUCCUGCAAUCGUAUCACGAACCUAGCGUCGGGUACGUUUCGCGGAUUGGCCGUGCUCGAGGAGCUUCUGCUGGGAAAGAAUCGGCUCUCGACCCUGCCGAACGAUCUGUUGCAAGACUUGGCGAAUCUAAAGUACCUCGGCCUCGAAGAGAAUCGACUCAAGGAACUGCCGAACGAUGUGUUUCGGGGCCAAGCGUCGCUUCGCGAGUUGAACGCUAGGGGCAAUCAACUGACGGAGAUAUCCGGAAACCUGUUGGCUCCGCUCGAACGAUUACGCUCGCUCGAAUUAUCCAACAACAAGAUAACACGGAUCGAUCCGAGCGCUUUUCGAGGUUCGACCGCGCUGAAAGAUCUUCAGUUGGGCCACAAUCGAAUACGGAGCCUGACACCAGGCUUGUUUUCGACUUCCGACCGUCUCGAACGAUUGGUCUUGUAUGCCAAUGGGAUCGAGAGCUUGCCCCGGGGUGCGUUCCGCGGCCUGUCCAACCUGACGUCCCUGUUCCUUCACUCGAAUCAUAUCGGAACGAUGCAUCCCGAGUUGUUCCAAGACACGCCGAAUCUACGAAAAUUACAGUUGGAGUCCAAUUAUUUGACCUCGUUGCCGCCUCGUCUUCUGGACCCGGUACCGAGCAUCGAGCAGCUUCGUCUGGCUAGAAAUCCGUGGCACUGCGACUGCGCGGCCUCUUAUCUAGCCGUUUGGCUGCAGAAACGAUACUACGCGGCGGCUCGAGCGAACGACACCUCGAACGGUACGGAAAGUUUGGCUGCGUGGGAGUUCGGGGCCGGGGCGAUGUGCAGGGGACCCGGUACUCUCGGGGGCAAGAUGCUGAUGCGCUUGACGUUUCACGAGCUCUGCGAGGGUCAAUGGGCCUCGAUGAGGGGUCUGGUACCUCGACUACCCGUCGAUCACGGUGGGACUAGCGGCCCUCCGGCCGAUCCGUCGUCGAACGACUCGGUGCCUUUGUCCCCACGUGACACUAUCCCAUAG